GGGCGCAUGCGCGGCGACGUGUGGUCUCGCUCAAGCUGUGUGUGUGCGUGUGUGUGUGUAUAUCUAUCUAUCUAUCUAUAUGUAAAUGUAAAUAUAUAUUGUUAGGGCACUCGCGGAAGUAGGAAGAUGUUGUUGGUUUGAGACACAGCCGGCGCUUCCUCCGCGGCUUUAAUAACAGUGUGAAAGUCAUCAAGCGGUUCACUUACAGUCUCGCACCAUCACCAUGAGGGAGCUGCACUUUAAAGACAACUUCUGGCGAGCUGACCAGUACAGCGGGCUACGAUGCCAUCGUCCAGCACCUCAAUGAUGGCAAGAGGACGUGCAAAGAGAUCGAAGACUUCAUGAAAGCCAGAGCUGCAAUUGAGGAGAAAUAUGCGAAGGAGUUGCUGGGUUUGUCCAGGAAAGUGUGUGGCCAUAACGAAAUGAACACACUGAAGCGAUCACUCGAUGUUUUCAAACUGCAGACUGAACAGGUGAGUAUGUCUCACUUGCAUCUGGCACAGGCCAUGAGGGAGGAAGCCAAAAAGUUAGAAGAGUUCAGAGAAAAACAGAAAGAAGCAAAAAAGAAGCUGGAGCAGCAGAUGGACGCGCUGCACAAACAGAAAGCGACACAGUACAAGAAAACCAUGGAGACUAAGAAGACCUACGAGCAGAAGUGCCGUGAUAAAGAAGACGCAGAGCAGGUCAUGAACCGAAACGCCACCACCAGCAACGCCAAACAGCAGGAGAAGCUCUACAGCAAAGCACAGCAAGCCAAACAGUCAGCCGAGGAAGCGGACAGGGUUUACAACCAGAACGUUCUCGCAUUGGCAAAGCUGCGUGAGGAGUGGCUGAAUGAGCAUGUUAAAGCAUGUGAGAUGUUCGAGAAACAAGAAGUGGAGAGGAUCAGCGUGUUGAGAAAUGUCGUGUGGACUCACUUGAACCAGCUCUCGCAGCAGUGUGUGACCAGCGAUGAGCUCUAUGAGGAAGUGAGGAAGUCUCUGGAGCAGUGUGACAUUCAGGAGGACCUCGAGCACUUCAUCAACCUGAGGAGGACCGGAGACAAACCUCCAGUUCCCGUACCGUAUGAGAAUUUCUACAGCAAUCAGAGAACGAUGCCGAACAGACAGCCGCCGUCCGUCGGCAGGAGAGCAGCUGCGCCUCCACCGCCGAACACAGAAGGUGACGUGUAUUCGACUAUAGCUGAGCCAGGAUACAGUGUAAUUCGGUACUAACUACGCACAAGGAAAGCCAUUAGAUGUUUAGACAGAGAAUCUUCCCUGCUGUGUCAAUGUUAAAUAAUCCAUGAGGUGUUCAGUCGGUGUCACUUGAAAAAUGUACCCUAAAUAUUUAGCACUUAAUAAUAAUAAGAAGAAGAUGAAGAUGAAGAAGAGCAGAGUGUAAGAACACCACGCUGUAUGUCACUACACUGAUAUGGCCAUUGUGUAAUUUAUUUCCUUUUUGCCUAUUUGAAUAUCAGGAUCGUGUGAUAAUACAGUAAUUCAUUCCUCAUGAAGCAAAUUUUUUUUUAAAAUGGCGUGACAGUAGGUACAACGGACCUUUUGUAAAUAUAUAUACACUGGAUUUCACACUUGUAUUCGUUUUUUGCCGAAUUCUAUCCUGUUAGCCGAUUUUUCCGAGUGUCAUGUUCUUUAUUUAUUUUUUUAGUGUGUUCGAGUUAUUUAAAGUUGUCUUUUAAUAGUUUUACAAAUGACCGGUGUGGUAAUGUCUCUCGAAACACAGACAUUACUGAGGACAUUUGUUCACUUGUUCAGAUCGCAUUUUGUAAUGAUAUCAAACUGAUAAAAACAUCUUAAGGUUUAUCUGUUUACAGACAAAGUCGCAUGAACGUUUGUCAUCAUGUAACAACUGCUGUGGCUGUUAAACUCGCUGUAUUGCCUGCUUUAAUAAAAAUCUGAUCCUCGCAGAAAUGGUGACGUAGCCUCCGAU